ACAGCCUGAGUAUUUAAAUACGAGCAGAAUAGACGCUUGCUAACAGAGGACUGGGGAACCAGAGGUAGCAGCCAACAUGGACCCCAACAAAAUGAGAAGUACAUUCCUGUUGCAGAUUUGGAAGCAGAACAAAUUGUUUCAAAAAGAGGGCAAGAAGCGACUUAAGAAUUAUCAUGACCAAAUUCAGCGUUUACUGCGAAGGCGGAAGACAGGGGAACCACUUUUAGUGCAGAAUGAGAAGAUGGCACCCUUGCUCAUUCCAACAGGCCCCGAUGUUUUUCGUCGCUUCAGUCCAGAGUCCUUGGCAGAGAUUGAGAAACGCAUCCUCAAAGAAAAGGCUGAAAAAGACAAACGGCAGCAUUAUGAAAUCCCGGAAGAAGACCUUCCCAAGCCAAGCAGUGAUCUAGAGGCUGGAAAAUCACUGCCUUUCAUAUACGGUGAUCCUCCACCCAAUGUCCUUACUGAAGCCAUAGAGGACCUGGACCCAUUCUACAAUUCACAGAAAACUUUUAUAGUCUUAAGCAAAGGGAAGGCCAUUUACAGGUUUAAUGCUGAGCCGGCCUGCUAUAUUUUGAGUCCCUUCAAUCCAAUUCGGAGGGCUGCCAUCAAAAUUCUUAUACAUUCAUUAUUUAGCAUGUUCAUCAUGAUCACAAUUCUAACAAAUUGUGUGUUUAUGGCGAUGAGUGACCCACCGUCUUGGAGCAAAAAUGUAGAGUAUGCUUUCACUGGUAUUUAUACUUUUGAAGCAUUGGUCAAGAUUUUAGCUAGGGGCUUUUGCAUUGGUGGUUUCACAUUCCUGAAAGAUCCUUGGAACUGGCUCGACUUUAGCGUCAUCACCAUGGCUUACACUACUGAGUUUGUAGAUUUGGGCAACGUCUCAGCUCUCCGAACUUUCCGUGUACUUCGAGCUCUGAAAACAAUUACUGUUAUUCCUGGUUUGAAGACCAUUGUGGGCGCACUCAUCCAGUCGGUUAAGAAGCUGUCUGAUGUGAUGAUCCUCACUGUCUUCUGUCUGGCAGUCUUUGCCCUCAUUGGCCUGCAACUCUUCAUGGGUAACCUGAGGCACAAGUGUGUUAAGUGGCCCAUUUCUUUUGAAAAUUUGACCAUGGCCUACAAUGAGACGUCUUUCAGUUUCAAUGAGACAUUUGGGAAUUUCAAUGGAACAGACAACAGCUGGUUUGACUGGAACGAAUACAUUAAUGAUGAGGGUAACUAUUACUUUCUGGAUGGGGCUGCAGAUGCCUUACUGUGUGGUAACAGCUCAGAUGCUGGACAAUGCCCAGAAGGAUACAUGUGUAUGAAAGCAGGAAGGAACCCAAACUACGGUUACACCAGCUACGACACCUUCAGCUGGGCUUUUCUUUCUUUAUUCCGACUAAUGACUCAAGAUUACUGGGAGAAUCUUUUCCAGCUGACCCUAAGGGCUGCUGGCAAAACCUACAUGAUAUUCUUUGUGAUUAUUAUCUUCUUGGGCUCCUUUUACUUGAUAAACUUGAUUCUGGCUGUGGUGGCCAUGGCCUACGCAGAACAGAAUGAGGCCACAAUGGAGGAAGCGAGACAAAAAGAGGAAGAGUUUCAGCAAAUAUUGGAGCAACUGAGGAAGCAAGAAGCACAACUGCAUGGACCAGCCAAGGCCCAUGGAAACAGCCAGGAUUCACUACCUGGAAAUCAAGUAAAGAAGAAAAAGAGCGACUCCGAAAAUGCUGACACUGAUCAAGAAGGGGACCAAAUCAGAGAUUGCAAUGGAAGAGUCAUACCAAAGGUGGUCAUUGAGCGAGUCGACUCUGUACAAGCUGAGUCAGUUGAGGAAGUUGUGAAAAACAAUCAGCCUGACUCCAAACAAAAUGUGGAUUACUUAGAGGAUCCAGGUCUUCAGAAACGAACUGCAAGUGCAAUGAGUGUGCUCAGUAAUGCCAUGGAAGAGCUGGAAGAGACGCAGCAGAAGUGUCCUCCUUGGUGGUAUAAAUUUGCGCACACGUUCCUGAUCUGGGAUUGCUGCACCCUGUGGAUAAAAUUUAAAGAAGCUGUGAAAUUUGUGGUGAUGGAUCCUUUUGUGGACCUUGGCAUCACCAUAUGCAUUGUUCUGAAUACCCUUUUUAUGGCUAUGGAGCAUUACCCUAUGACAGAGCAUUUUGAAAGUGUCUUGUCAACGGGAAACCUGGUGUUCACUGGCAUCUUCGCUGCUGAGAUGGUGUUCAAAAUCAUUGCUCUUGAUCCAUAUUAUUACUUUCAAACUGGAUGGAAUAUCUUUGAUAGCAUUAUUGUCACUCUCAGUCUGGUGGAACUGGGACUUGCCGAUGUGGAAGGCCUGUCUGUCCUCCGAUCCUUCCGUUUGCUUCGUGUGUUUAAGUUGGCCAAAUCUUGGCCCACACUGAACAUGUUGAUCAAGAUCAUUGGAAACUCAGUUGGAGCUCUCGGUAACCUGACACUGGUCUUGGCCAUCAUCGUUUUCAUAUUUGCGGUGGUGGGGAUGCAGCUUUUCGGCAAGUCUUACAAGGAUUGUGUUUGUAAGAUCAAUGAAAGUUGUGAACUACCUCGCUGGCACAUGAAUGAUUUUUUCCACGCUUUCUUGAUUGUCUUUCGCAUCCUAUGUGGAGAAUGGAUUGAAACUAUGUGGGACUGCAUGGAAGUAGCUGGACAAGCAAUGUGUCUCACUGUCUUCAUGAUGGUCAUGGUUAUUGGAAACCUUGUGGUGCUUAACCUCUUUUUAGCCUUGCUGCUAAGCUCCUUUAGUGCGGACAAUCUCUCUAGCAAAGAUGAUGAUGGUGAAAUGAAUAACCUCCAAAUCGCCAUUGGGAGGAUAACACGUGGCAUUGAUUUUGUCAAAGGAAGCAUUUUGGGUCUGCUUCGAACAAUUCUUGGGAAGAAGAAAGCACAAGCUGAAGAAGAUGAAAGUGACAAAAAAGAACAGUUUGUUCUUAACCACAUGGAUUUACCAGAGGAAGCUAAAUCAGAUUUUAAGAUUGUGGAUGGUGUCACAAGGAAAGAAGCUCACAAGAUGGAUGAGUUGGAUCGCUCUGGAUUUCUGACCAAUGCAGAUAUGAGACUCACUGCUCCCAUUGCACCUGGGGAGUCUGAUUUUGAAAAAGAUGACGAUGAGAUUAGUUUAGAAAUUCAAGAACCCAUAAAACACACAAUAAUUGAUGGGAGCUCCUGCAGUACUGCUGAUUACAAGCCACCAGAGAUUGAGGAGGAGACAGCUUUGGAAGAAGCAGCAGAAAGUGAAGAACCAGAGCCUUGCUUCACAGAAGGCUGUAUCCGGCGAUGUCCCUGUCUCACAGUUGAUAUUACGCAAGGCAAAGGGAAACAGUGGUGGAAUUUGAGGAAAGCAUGCUUUUCCAUUGUGGAGCACAACUGGUUUGAGACCUUUAUCAUCUUCAUGAUUUUGCUGAGUAGUGGUGCCCUGGCAUUUGAAGAUGUAUACAUUGAACAAAGGAAAACGAUAAAAAUAAUCUUGGAGUAUGCAGACAAAGUGUUUACCUACGUAUUUGUGAUUGAAAUGCUUUUAAAGUGGACCGCCUAUGGAUUUAAGACCUAUUUCACCAAUGCAUGGUGUUGGCUAGAUUUCCUUAUUGUGGAUGUUUCUUUGAUCAGCCUUACAGCAAACUUAAUGGGGUAUUCUGAACUGGGACCCAUCAAAUCCUUGCGGACACUCCGAGCCUUGAGGCCCUUAAGAGCACUGUCACGAUUUGAAGGCAUGAGGGUAGUGGUCAACGCCCUUUUGGGAGCAAUUCCAUCUAUUAUGAAUGUCCUGCUGGUCUGUCUGAUCUUUUGGCUAAUCUUCAGCAUCAUGGGAGUAAAUAUGUUUGCUGGGAAGUUCUACAGGUGCAUCAACACCACAACAGAUGAGCUGUUUCCCAUAUCCGUGAUCAACAACAAGUCAGAAUGCUUGGCAAUUCCAGAGGAAGCCAGAUGGAUGAAUUUGAAAGUCAAUUUUGAUAAUGUGGGUCUAGGCUACUUGUCCCUGUUGCAGGUGGCCACUUUUAAAGGCUGGAUGGACAUUAUGUAUGCUGCAGUAGAUUCACGCAUGGUGGAAGAACAGCCUUCAUAUGAAAUCAAUCUGUACAUGUACAUGUACUUUGUCAUCUUUAUUAUUUUUGGAGCUUUUUUCACCCUUAAUCUUUUCAUUGGUGUCAUCAUUGACAACUUUAAUCAGCAAAAGAAAAAGUUUGGAGGUAAGGAUAUCUUCAUGACUGAAGAACAGAAAAAAUACUAUAACGCAAUGAAGAAGCUUGGUUCCAAGAAACCACAGAAGCCUAUCCCAAGGCCACAGAAUAAAAUCCAAGGAGCUGUGUAUGAUUUUGUCAAUAAGCAAGCUUUUGACAUUUUUAUUAUGGUCCUCAUUUGCCUCAACAUGGUGACAAUGAUGGUGGAGACAGAUGACCAGAGCGCAGAGAAAGAAGAAAUUCUUUACUAUAUCAACUUGGUCUUCAUUGUGAUUUUCACUGCAGAGUGUGUCCUUAAAAUGUUUGCUCUCAGAUACUAUUUCUUUACCAUUGGAUGGAACAUUUUUGAUUUUGUUGUGGUCAUCCUUUCUAUUCUUGGCAUAAUGUUAGCAGACAUCAUUGAAAAGUAUUUUGUCUCACCUACUCUUUUCCGAGUUAUAAGACUGGCCAGAAUUGGCCGCGUUCUUAGGCUAAUUAAAGGUGCAAAGGGAAUCCGGACACUUCUUUUCGCACUGAUGAUGUCCCUUCCUGCUUUGUUCAACAUCGGUUUGCUGCUUUUCCUUGUGAUGUUUAUUUACUCCAUCUUUGGAAUGUCAAACUUUGCUUAUGUGAAAAAAGAGUCAGGCAUUGAUGACAUAUUUAACUUUGAGACCUUUGGGAAUAGCAUCAUUUGCUUGUUUCAGAUCACCACUUCAGCUGGCUGGGAUGGUCUCCUCAACCCUAUACUGAACAGUGGCCCACCAGACUGUGAUCCAACUUUCGAAAAUCCUGGUUCAGAAGUUUUGGGCAACUGUGGCAAUCCUGCUGUGGGCAUAGUUUUCUUCUGCAGCUACAUCAUUAUCUCUUUCCUAAUUGUAGUCAACAUGUACAUUGCAAUCAUCCUGGAAAACUUCAAUGUUGCCACAGAAGAAAGUAGUGAGCCACUAUGUGAAGAUGACUUUGAAAUGUUCUAUGAAACAUGGGAGAAAUUUGAUCCUGAUGCUUCUCAGUUUAUAGAUUACUGUCGGCUCUCUGAUUUCUGUAAUACUCUCCAAGACCCUCUUAAGAUACCAAAGCCUAACAAAAUCAAACUCAUAACCAUGGACCUCCCAAUGGUAGUAGGUGACAAAAUUCACUGCCUUGAUAUCCUCUUUGCUCUUACUAAAGAAGUGCUGGGAGACUCUGGGGGAAUGGAUGCCCUGAAAGCAACCAUGGAAGAAAAGUUCAUGGCUGCCAAUCCUUCCAAAGUUUCCUAUGAACCUAUCACCACAACCCUGAAGAGGAAACAGGAGGAGGUGGCUGCUUCAGUCAUCCAGCGAGCUUACAGGAGGCACCUGCUUAAGCGAUCAGUGAAGCAGGCUUCAUACAUGUUCCGGCAUAAUGGAAACAAAACAGUAGGAGAAGCUCCAGAAAAAGAGGGCUUGAUUGCUGAGAAGAUGGAGGAGAACUAUGGGAAAUCGGACCACAGGAGGAAAGAAGAGAGUGAGAUUAAGGAGUCUUCUAAAUCGGAAAACACCUUAGAUGUUCCUCACAUGCCUGAUGUUGUUGUUCCACUCUCUGAACCACGCACAACUGCUUCACCCUCCAUCAUCAAAAGAAAUGUACGGGAAUCUGUCGUAUAAUGGUUGGACAUAUUUCGACUUGUCCUCAACUCGUGAAAACUGUUUAUUCCUCAACUGGAUAGGGCUAAUACAGCUAUGGAGCUGGCAAAGACAAAAACCCAGAUGUCCAAAUGUAUUGGAGCGCACCUUAACAGGAGUCUACAGUAGGUGCACCGUGGGUCAUGUACCAAUUCUGGGUGCAAGCGAGAACCAAAAAUUAAACCCUUAAUAUCAUGUUAGUCCAUAACAGAAGCAAAUCCUUUCCUGAAUGGCAACUUCUAGUUGGUUUGUAUUAUAUAUAAAUAGAAAAUGUGUGCUCAUCAAUAGACACAACAUUUGCACACCCUGUAAUAGGCAGAGCAGUUUCAUUAUUAUACAGAGAGGUACUGGACAGGGGGGGCAAACACAUAAAAUUAAGACAAUGGAGAAUACAUAAGAGUGCAGUGUUCAGAAGAAUAACUGCCUUUAGUUCUUUAUGCAGCCUACGCAUGUUCCUCAGCAGCCUCAGGGUUAAAGUUUCUCUGUAUGGUACAUGCUGUAUGCACACACAUUUUCUGUAAACAUUUCAGUUUGGGUAAUUAUCGUGAUUUUCAAUAGACAUUAGACAACCAUUUUAGAUUAUGUACCUUGGUCAAGGAAUAUAAACAAACUGAUUCAAAGUUCAAUUUCAUACUUUUGGUUUUAUUUUCUUUUUUGUUUUUUUGAGUUUUCAAAGUAAAAGUAAGCUGCCACAUCUCUAAAAUGCUCAUGUUUGCAAAGCUCUGAUGUAGUUUGACUCUGAUUUUAAACCGAGUUGGCUUGUUCCUGUUGUUUGAAAGUUUGAGGUUAUUGGGGUUAACGGAUUCAUAACCAGCUCUAUCUUCAGUUAGAACUCAAUGAAACAAUAACAGAUAAAGACUCAAAAAUGAUAUAUUCAGUUCUGGUUUCUGCUUGUAAACCAGUAGUUGUCACUUACUCCCAGUGGGCACACUUGACCCCGAACUCAAAUCAAGAAGAGUCAAAAAUGAAUGAUUUUAUAUAUUGUAAAUAUUGAUAGGUUUAUAGGGCCAUUAUUGUCAUAUGUACAUAGUACAGAGUAAUUCUUACUUGCAUGUGUUAAUCAACAUGCAACAUGUUGCCAGUCUCUGGCACCAUCAUUAGUGAUAAAAAGUUACCUUGAAACUUCGGUCUUCCUUACGUGAAAAAUCUCAGAGUUUGGAUCAGUACUACAAUUUGGUAUUGAAUACCAGCUUUUGGAUCUCAGUACCAGUACCAAAACCUAUUUGCUCAAAGUAAAAAACAGAAAAAAGCCCAAGUGUUUGGCACUUUUAUAUAAAAAUAUAACCCGUGUAUAUAAUACGUAUAAUAAAUUUCAGAAUCAAAGGGAAUUGUCUCCCUGUUUUUCAGUAAUAUUAUACCAUACAACUCUGGAAUAUAUUUACAUUUAAUCUAAAUAUUAAAUACAAAAGUGAUUGCAGAAAUAGUAAUAAAUUAAGACAUUACAAUAUACAGGUUUGGGCCCCCUCCCUAUUCACCCACGCUACCUAUCCAUUCCCCUGUUCUACUGACAUGUAAUAGUAACACAUAGGAAAGCAAGAACUCUGACUUUAAAAAAUGAGAUAAUACAUUGCUUCAGAUCUUAAGUUUCCAGAGUCACUAAUUGUUUCUAGAGUGCCAAUUGUCUUAUUUCUUGUUUGGUACUGAAGCAUUGAGUUUUUAUCAAAUUCAUUCUUUAAUUUUACACGUAGACAUAGCAGGGCAAACCAUGUUAUGGGUGUGUAUUAUACAUAUCUAUACAAAUGUAUGUACACUGUAAGAAUAUUUAGAGAGAAAGCUGUGUAAAGCGUAAAUGUAGACAAAUGUGAAAGACACUAUAUCCAAUAGGUAGUUAGAUGCUGCCUCGCUAAUCAUUAUUUUAAUGCUAAUUUUUGUAAUUGUACACAGUACAACUUAAUUGUUGCCAACUUCCUCAUUACGGGUUUUUAUUCACACUUUGUGCCUUAACAAUGACUGUGUUAUUGAUUAAUUUUUAUUAAUACAUUGAAGAACUUAAUUCCAGUUUACCAGAAUAUUAGAAAGCAUUAAAAACACUAAAAAUAAGAUUGCUCUAAUAGAAAAUGCAAUGGAUAAAAAUAUGUUGCUGAAAACGCACUCAGUUUUUUUAUUGGCUCAGACUUGUCCUACUAUUUAUUUUUGCAAACGUUGUUUGAAAUGAACUGCAUUUGAUAAAGCACUUCUAUGGGCUGAAUGCCUUCCCAGGGCACUUCAUGCACACUUUAUUACACUUAUCCAUCUCUCAGCUCAUGCAAUGAGCCCCCUGUGGAGCCUGAUCCCUCAGUACACUGGGUGGUCUGGAGCACUAGACGUUCCUGGCUGCCAGUUACUAAAAGACACACUGAAAAAAAAAUAGAAUAAAAUUAGAAGUAAAUGUAAGCUAUUGAGGUAGGUUUGAAAUGUAACAUAAAUGCACAAGUUUUGGACAUAUUUACUUAUUAAUGUAAUACAAUUUUGUCAUCUCAAUGAGUGAAUUACGUCAUUGCGUUACAAAAACACUGACUGUGGUAUUCGCAUUAGUAAAAUUACAGGCACGUUGAGUGACAGACAUCACAGGCAACCAGACAGAGGUGAUGAGGUAAAGAGGUUUACUUAGCUGCUUUAGAAAUUCCAGCGUACAUUUGUUUUUCAGCAUUUUGUAAUGCCAAAACUAAAAAUUAGAGAAGAUACUGGUGUACAAUUAAAAUAGAGAUUUUUAUACCAUUGGGUGCUGUUGCCUUCUGGAGUUUUAAAUACUUUUGGGCUGAUGUAUGCAUUACGAAAAAAUAUUCUCAUAAAAAUUCUGACUUGUGUGAAUUGAGACUUCAAUAAUUUCAGGUUAUUUUUUAUGGAGGAAAGGCAUCUUAACAAGAAUUUCAGAUGAGUUUAUUUUCAUACAACCAGUAGCAUUUCUAUUCACCUUUUACCACAAACCGUUCAGACGAUGGUUAGAGCAAAUAGACACUUUACCCCAUUUCCAAAAUGGCAUCUCGCCCAAAGAAGCAGUCAGCCACACUUCACUGUAUGGAGCUGAGCUGUCCAGCGUCCUUCUUCUCCAACUCCAGACUCCAUCCAGUGUAUCCGGAGCACCAGUAGUCCACACUGUUUCUCAUAUGAAAGGCCACUUGACACACCUAGAACUGCCUAAUGGUUCUGCCAAGUGCCAACUUAAGCUAUUGACCAUUCUAUGGAAAAAAAGAUCACAAGUAUCUGAGGUUAUAGUGUUGUAACCGAUCUACACACUGAUCUUUAAAUGAAAUCAUCUCCCGAUGACUGUCAGUCUGGGGACAGGUUCCUUUGGGCACAUCAGUCAUCCUGUAACUGCCAAUAUGGCUGAAAUCUGUGCGGGGCCUUGCUCAUAUACUGUAGCCAAAGUCUUAAAGAUGAUUUUAAUAAUAAAAACCUUCAGGAAAAUAUGUUUUCCAAUCAGGAUAUCUGCAUGGAGCUUGUAAGCUGUAAAAUUGCGAAUUAAUGCACAUAGAGAGCUGCAAAAGCAGACGGAUGGCUCCAAAGUGGGCUGCCGGUGCAUUCAGAGGCUCAAAGUCUCAAAAAAAAUCACACGUAUAUUAUUUGGGGCUGUUCUUAGAGGACACGUUUGUGUGCAUCUUGGCCAUCUUGUUUGUACUUACAUGUGCGAAGCGCUUUUUAAUUAUUGAUAUUUAUGCUGUUGUUUUUAAAAAGUUGUUUUUAUUUAAUUUUUUUUUCUGGUCUUGCAUAUAGUGUUUCAUUGCUGAACUGUAUAGCAUUAUAUAGGAUUUCAUUUCACUAUGCAUUUAAAUUAAAUAAUAUCAUUUCUAGUAUCAAUGAAUAUGGUGGAGCUCAAAGUUACUCAUUUAAACAAGUUGUACAUAACGCUCAUUUUUCCUUUAGUUGACCUUCUAAUAAUCCGUCUCAUCUGUCUUUACAACCAUUUGCAGACUGUUAUGUUUUUUUUGUUUUGUUUAUUAUUAUUUUCCAAAUGAAAAUUUGGAAUAAUAAUGUUUUCUCUCUUAUUUUCUAGUCAUAGGAAGUUGAAUUCUAUAGCUGUAUGUUACUGAGCAGCAAUGCUUUCAGCAGCCUGCUUCUUCUUUAUGGUGCCUGGAUCUAAAAUUUCAAUGUUUACAUUUUUAAAUAUGUGGAAGAUAACUUUUACUUGCGAGGCUCUAUAUGCAAAAUAUCGUUGAUGCUUGUACAUAACUUUUGCAAAGAGCUAGACUUGCUUUAUGAAUCAUAUUCCUUUGUACAAUCCAAAAAUAAACUCUUAUUUUAAAGCUU